UUUGUGGCUUACGAUUCUCCCUCCCUUUCUCGCUCCCUGAACGGUCAAUCCCUGAAUAAUUCCUUUCAAACUCAACCCACCUCCGGCACUGUGGGCUACACAUCCCUUCUUAUUAUUUAGACCCGCUGUCUCUCGUCGGGUUGUUGGAACGCCUCGGGGCGUGUUGGACCCUACUUUCUCCAUACACAUAUUGCGCUGAACACCAAGAUGGCGCCUUCAGCUGCCCCGACCUCAGACCCGCCUUCCCAGGCCGAUACGCCUAUGACCGAUGCCAAUGAGGAGCCCGUCACGUCGGUUCCCGUCGAUGGUCCGGAUGCGCAUAUGACGGUAUGCUAAAUUAAAUCUGGUUUUCGCGAACACCCAAAACUAUGUGUCGGGUCACGAGCUUUGGUUUCCUCAAUAGCAGAUCUCGUUGGUCGCGCUCCGAGCGUGCAGGAAGGGGAGCCAAGGGAACACCAGGCUUCCCCGAAAUCGUGUUUGGUCAAAUGCGAACGUGGCUCAGAUGCUAACUUGGGCGCAAUGCAGGACUCCGAUACCAACCCGAACACCACAGCAAGCAGUGUUGCAGGCGACACAGUCCACCUUGACGGGAGGAGGAAAAGGUCCGAGGCCUUUCAUAUGAGAAAGAACCUUCUGGGGAAAAAGCACGGUCGUCUGGAUGAAUCUAAGGUGAGUAACCCUCGUCGGCGGUGCCUGCCAAUUUUCGUUGCGGUCACUGAUCUGUUUUUGGCGGGGCUUUAGGAAGAUGAUUCAAUUCGACGAUUUCGUUACCUUCUCGGGCUGACCGAUCUGUUCCGUCAUUUUAUCGAAACCAACCCCAACCCUCGCAUCAAGGAGAUCAUGGCCGAAAUCGACAGACAAAACGCUGCGGAAGAGGCAAGGGCCCGCAAGGGUUCGUCGCGGGCUGGUGGUGCUGGUGGUGAUCGACGUCGCAGGACUGAACAAGAGGAAGAUGCGGAGCUGCUGAAGGACGAGAGGAGUGGUGGCGAAACUGGAACCGUCUUCCGCGACUCCCCGCCAUUUGUCCAGGGCGAGAUGCGUGAUUAUCAAGUUGCGGGUCUGAACUGGCUUGUGUCCUUGCACGAGAACGGUAUCUCUGGUAUAUUGGCAGACGAGAUGGGUCUGGGUAAAACCUUGCAGACCAUCUCUUUCCUCGGCUACCUUCGUUACGUCUGUGACAUCCCCGGCCCUCAUCUGAUCGCUGUUCCCAAGUCUACGCUCGACAACUGGAAGCGAGAAUUCAUGAAAUGGACCCCCGACGUCAAUGUUCUUGUGCUUCAAGGCGACAAGGAAGAGCGCCACAAGCUAAUCAACGAACGACUUCUCGACGAGGACUUUGAUGUCUGCAUUACGAGUUACGAAAUGGUUCUUCGGGAGAAGUCCCAUCUCAAGAAGUUCGCCUGGGAAUACAUCAUCAUUGAUGAGGCUCAUCGGAUUAAGAACGAGGAGUCGUCCCUCGCACAGAUUAUUCGUGUCUUCAACUCUCGGAAUCGCUUGCUGAUCACCGGUACCCCGCUUCAGAACAACCUCCACGAACUUUGGGCCCUCCUGAACUUCCUCUUACCUGACGUUUUUGGUGAUUCGGAAGCUUUCGACCAGUGGUUCUCUGGUCAGGAUGCCGAUCAGGAUACCGUCGUGCAACAACUUCAUCGAGUGCUCCGGCCAUUCUUACUUCGUCGCGUUAAGAGCGAUGUUGAAAAGAGUUUGCUCCCCAAGAAAGAGCUCAAUUUAUAUGUGCCUAUGUCCGAAAUGCAAGUGAAGUGGUAUCAGAAGAUCCUUGAGAAGGAUAUUGAUGCUGUGAACGGUGCCGCCGGCAAGCGGGAGUCGAAAACUCGUCUGCUGAACAUUGUUAUGCAACUCCGUAAAUGCUGCAAUCACCCCUAUCUCUUCGAAGGUGCUGAACCUGGCCCGCCCUAUACGACCGACGAACACCUUGUCUUCAACGCUGGCAAGAUGUCAAUUCUUGACAAGCUCCUGGCGCGGAUGCAGAAGCAGGGAAGCCGAGUGCUCAUUUUCUCACAAAUGAGCCGUGUCCUGGAUAUCCUGGAGGAUUACUGUGUAUUCCGAGAGUACAAUUACUGCCGUAUAGACGGUACCACAGCCCACGAGGACCGAAUCGCUGCCAUCGAUGAAUACAACAAGCCGGGCUCGGACAAGUUUGUUUUCCUUCUCACGACACGAGCAGGAGGUCUCGGUAUUAAUUUGACGUCUGCGGAUAUUGUCGUGCUUUAUGACAGCGACUGGAACCCUCAAGCGGAUCUGCAGGCUAUGGAUCGUGCUCAUCGUAUCGGUCAGACCAAGCAGGUGGUCGUCUUCCGUUUCGUCACCGAAAACGCGAUUGAGGAGAAGGUUCUCGAGCGUGCGGCGCAAAAGCUGCGACUUGAUCAACUUGUUAUUCAGCAAGGCCGUGCGCAACAACAGACUAAGAAUGCUGCAUCCAAGGAUGAACUCCUUGGCAUGAUUCAGCACGGAGCUGCCAAUGUCUUCGGCAAUAACCCUAAUUCGGCAUCUCUGUCUGCCGAAAAGCAAAUAUCCGAUGACAGUUUUGAGGAUAUCAUGCGCAAGGGCGAGGAGCGAACCGUCGAGCUGAACAAGAAAUAUGAAAAACUGGGUAUCGAUGAUUUGCAAAAGUUCAGCUCCGAGAGUGCUUACGAAUGGAACGGCCAGAAUUUCACGGAGCGCAAGAAGGAUAUUGGCAUUAACUGGAUCAACCCGGCCAAGCGUGAGAGAAAGGAGCAGUUUUACUCCAUCGACAAGUACUACCGACAAGCUUUGGCUACUGGCGGACGAACUGCCGACCCGAAGCCCAAGGCACCCCGGGCCCCCAAACAGAUAACCGUUCACGAUUGGCAAUUUUUCCCGCCCGGGCUCCAGGAGCUCCAGGAGAAGGAGACAGCAUACUUCCACAAGGAGAUCGGAUAUAAGGCCAUUCUUGCCGAUGGGCCUGAGGAAGAGCUCAGCGAACGUGAGGCCGAACGCGAUCUGGAGCAACAGGAGAUUGACAAGGCCGUUCCUUUGACCGAGGAGGAACAAGCACAAAAGGCGAAAAUGUCCGAGGAAGGGUUCUCAACCUGGAACCGCCGUGAUUUCCAACAGUUCGUCAAUGGGUCAGCCAAGUUUGGGCGCACUGACUAUAACGGAAUUGCCACCGAAGUAGACAGCAAAGAACCCGACGAGAUCGAGGAAUAUGCCCAAGUUUUCUGGGACCGAUAUACUGAGAUUCAGGAUUAUCCCAAGUACCUCCGGGUCAUUGAACAGGGCGAGGAGAAACUUCGCAAGAUGAACCACCAACGCAAGAUGCUUCGCAAGAAGAUGGAAAUGUACCGCGUUCCCCUCCAGCAGCUCAAGAUCAACUACACCGUGUCUACUACCAACAAAAAGGUCUACACCGAAGAGGAAGAUCGGUUCCUCCUAGUGAUGUUGGAUAGGUACGGAGUUGAUGGCGAAGGUCUCUACGAGAAAAUUCGGGACGAGAUCCGCGAAUCGCCUCUUUUCCGCUUCGAUUGGUUCUUCCUCAGCCGAACCCCAGUGGAGAUUGGCCGUCGCUGUACCACUCUAUUGAAUACUGUCGCCAAGGAGUUUGAGCCUGGUGACGGGAAGGCCAACGGCGAGAACAAGGGCCGUGGACGUGACGAAGACGUCGAAAACGAGGAGGAUGGCCCGCCAGCCAAGAAGAAGAGCAAGGCUGCCGUGAACAAACAGGUCAAGGCUGUCAAGGGCAGUGCCAAAGGCAAUUCUCCAUCCUCGUCACGGGCAGCUAGCGUGUCGUCCAACGCCGCUUCGAAAUCGAAGAGCCGAAAGAGAUAAAUCCUUGAAUAACCUUUGUUUUCCUUUUUUUGAUCAACAAUUUGUAUCGUUAUGACUGGUAGGUAGUCUUGUUGGGAAUAUUAUAUUGGCCAUGGAUUUCCAUAUACGUCGGGUGGGGCGUUGGCUGAAAGAUGCCAUUUGUGCUUUAUGAUUCUUUUAACCCAAUUUUUCCUUGUUUCCUCCUUGUUCCUUGUACUAUGAGAGCUAUUUCCUAUCAGAUCAAAUUCAAGAUGUAUAC